CCUUCUAAACUUGAAGUGAUAUCUUGUUUAUUAUAAUAUUUUCAUCAAAUUCUGAUUUUUGAAAAAUGGAAACCAGUAUAGCGAUCUCCAGAAGAUGCUUUAAGGCACGUCAUGAUUUGCCUUUGCUUGAACAAGUUCAGCACUACAACCCGUACGCCUCGGACGAUCGAGAGGGAGCCUGGAAGUCAGUUGUUGAAUCUCUGAAUGAUGCCAAGCUAUUUGAGAGGCCUUUGGACGUGCGAGCAGUUAAGGAGAGGCUGUCGACCCUUGUUACCAGUUAUCAGGCAAACGACUUGCGCAAUAAAAGUAAAAUUGGAACUGAGGAGCAGUACGGCCGCAUGGAACAACUGCUAGAUUAUAUCGCCUCAUUAAUUAAAUCCGCUGCCAAAGAAAAGGAAGAAAAGAAGAAGGCUGCGAAGGAAAAAGAAACACGUCGAGAUCGCACAGCGUCUCUGAUGCGAGCUGCGGGCGAGACGGGACGGGCUGGCCCUGACUACACCGAAGCAACAGAGAAAAUGGAUAAGGAGACCUUCUUGCGUGAAACUGGUUUGGACGAACGUGACUGGGAAGAAGAGCUACGCACCAAACGAGCCGUUUCUGUCGCUGAUGAUUUGGCCUCUUCGUCGUCUUCCAGUGCAUUGCCGUCAUCGCGAAACGCCAGCAAAAAGUCUGAGGCUGAAACUGACAUGAAAUGGAUGGAAUUUUUUCGCGAACAGGAAGAGAAAAAAUUGCAAUUUGAAGAAAAAAAAGGCUGAUCAAAAAGAGAUUAGACUAAAAGAACUGGAACUUGAA